CAGAAAUGAAUUAACCUUAAAGAAGUCUUUCAUAUUUGGGAAUGUCUAAAUCUCGUAUUCUGUAUAUCAUUUAUAAAGAGACUAUAUACCUGAAUAGAAUAGAACAUCUAGUGCAUUUUAUAAAAGAGAUGAGCUAAGCCGGUUAGAUUAAUAAUUAGCCAAAUAUGAAGAGUUUAAGAGAAAUUACAAGAGAAAUGAAUAAAAAUAUUCUUAUUUCUAAUAAUAGCCUAAGGAUUUGAAUUAAUCCUUUGUGGAAGAACGAUACUAAAAUUCUUAUAAUUAUCGACCUAAUUAUAAUAAUAAGCAUUUAUAAACAUAGCAAUAUGAUUACGAUAGAGAAGUUUACUAAAAGGAAACGAAUAAAGAAUCGCCAAUAAAAGUGGAACUAAGUUAUACUGCCCCUAAUAGUACCAAAAGAGGAGUUAUUUCUGAUACAGCUGCUUAUUUAAGGGAAAGGGAGAAGAUUAUGAAUUCGUUUAUGACUGAAUAAGAAAUUGAGAGAAUUAAAAGAAUUUACUUUAGGAAAUGA